AGGUUGCGGCGGGUUUGAAAGCGGCAGUUUCCUGGCAGCUGGGGCAGGCGUUGGUCUCCGUGCUCCAGCUUCGCAGCGGCCGCGAUCGAUCCAGCCACGCGUCUACGCUUGCUUCUGCGCGCCCCCGACGGAUUUUUCCCAUCCCGGCUCUUCCCCCUUCACCUCCCCGCCCUCCCAGGCUCAGCCUUUCCCGCCGCUCGGGCGCGGAGCCCGGGGGCCAGCAGGCUGCUGUGACCCCGCCCGAAACCCCUCCGGGGCUGCCCAGAGACAAUUCCCUUCUCCUUUCUGCAGCCUAACCCGGGGUGGCCCUCGCAGAGCCCAGCCAGUCCCAGGGAGCACAGCCGAGAGGGGCAUCCGAGGGGUGUCUCGGGGUGUGGAGUGGCCCGGCCCCCAGUGGGCUGUGGUUGGGGGGGUGCCGGAGCGGCGAGGCCCCCCUCGCCGGGCUGCGCGGGCUCCUGGGGCCCCGCCGCCGGCGCGGGGUCUCCCCCAUGGUGCAGCGGGGUUCGGGAUGUCGAAGACGCUGAAGAAGAAGAAGCACUGGCUCAGCAAGGUGCAGGAGUGCGCGGUGUCCUGGGCCGGGCCCCCGGGCGACUUGGGCGCGGAGAUCCGGGGCGGCGCGGAGCGCGGCGAGUUCCCCUACCUGGGGCGGCUCCGUGAGGAACCGGGCGGGGGCACCUGCUGCAUCGUCUCGGGCAAAGCGCCCAGCCCCGGGGAUGUGCUGCUGGAGGUGAACGGGACGCCUGUCAGCGGGCUCACCCACCGGGACACCCUGGCUGUCAUCCGCCACUUCCGCGAGCCCAUCCGUCUCAAGACUGUGAAGCCAGGCAAAGUCAUUAAUAAAGAUUUGCGACAUUACCUGAGUCUUCAGUUUCAAAAAGGAUCAAUUGACCACAAACUGCAGCAAGUGAUCAGAGAUAAUCUCUACUUGAGAACCAUUCCAUGCACAACAAGGGCCCCCAGGGAUGGGGAAGUACCAGGGGUGGACUAUAAUUUCAUUUCUGUUGAGCAGUUCAAAGCACUGGAAGAGAGUGGAGCAUUAUUAGAAAGUGGAACGUAUGAUGGAAAUUUCUACGGAACGCCCAAGCCUCCAGCAGAACCCAGCCCUUUCCAGCCCGACCCCGUUGAUCAGGUCCUCUUUGACCAUGAGUUUGACACAGAAUCCCAAAGGAAACGAACUACAUCUGUCAGCAAGAUGGAGAGAAUGGACAGCUCUCUUCCUGAAGAAGAAGAAGAUGAGGACAAAGAAACUAUAAAUGGCACUGGAAAUGCAGACAACAGAGAGAGGCAUUCUGAGUUGUCUGAUUGGAUGAAGACCAUCCCGAGUUACAACCAAACAAAUAGCUCCAUGGACUUCAGAAAUUAUAUGAUGAGAGAUGAGAAUCUGGAACCGCUGCCCAAAAACUGGGAAAUGGCCUACACUGACACGGGGAUGAUCUACUUCAUUGACCACAAUACCAAAACAACCACCUGGUUGGAUCCUCGUCUUUGUAAGAAAGCCAAACCCCCUGAAGACUGUGAAGAUGGAGAACUUCCUUAUGGCUGGGAGAAAAUAGAGGAUCCUCAGUACGGGACAUACUAUGUUGAUCACCUGAACCAGAAAACCCAGUUUGAAAAUCCAGUGGAGGAAGCCAAAAGGAAAAAGCAGUUAGGACAGGCUGAUAUUGGGUCUUCAAAACCAGCUAUGGAAAAAUCCCACUUUACUCGAGAUCCGUCCCAGCUUAAAGGCAUUCUGGUUCGAGCAUCAUUGAAAAAAAGCACAAUGGGAUUUGGUUUUACCAUUAUUGGUGGAGAUAGGCCUGAUGAAUUCCUUCAGGUGAAAAAUGUGCUGAAAGACGGCCCUGCAGCUCAGGACGGAAAAAUUGCACCAGGCGACGUGAUUGUAGACAUCAAUGGCAGCUGUGUCCUGGGUCACACCCAUGCAGAUGUUGUCCAGAUGUUUCAGUUGGUGCCUGUCAAUCAGUAUGUAAACCUCACUUUAUGUCGUGGUUACCCGCUCCCUGACGACAGUGACGACCCUGUCGGGGACAUAGUUGCUGCUACUCCCCUCAUCAACGGACAGUCACUAACCAAAGGAGAGACUUGCAUGAACACUCAGGAUUUUAAGUCAGGACCCAUGGUUCUGGACCAGAAUGGAAAACCGGGACACACCUUGGCCAGUGACCGUCUCAAUGGACCAUCAGAUCCGAGCGAGCAGAGGGCGUCCGUGGCAUCGUCAGGCAGCUCCCAGCCUGAACUCGUGACUGUCCCUCUAAUUAAGGGCCCUAAAGGCUUUGGGUUUGCAAUUGCUGACAGCCCAACCGGACAGAAGGUGAAAAUGAUUUUGGAUAGUCAGUGGUGUCCAGGCCUACAGAAAGGGGAUAUAAUUAAAGAAAUUUACCAUCAAAAUGUGCAGAAUUUAACCCAUCUCCAGGUGGUAGAGGUGCUAAAGCAGUUUCCAGUAGGUGCAGAUGUACCCUUGCUUAUCUUAAGAGGAGGUCCUCCUUCACCAACUAAAACUGCCAAAAUGAAAACAGAUAAAAAGGAAAAUUCAGGAAGUUUGGAGGCCAUAAAUGAGUCCAUUCCCCAGCCUAUGCCUUUUCCACCCAGCAUUAUCAGGUCAGGAUCCCCGAAACUGGAUCCUUCUGAGGUCUACCUGAAAUCUAAGACUUUAUAUGAAGAUAAACCACCAAACACCAAAGAUUUGGAUGUUUUUCUUCGGAAACAGGAAUCAGGGUUUGGCUUCAGGGUGCUAGGAGGAGAUGGACCUGACCAAUCGAUCUACAUCGGGGCCAUCAUACCUCUGGGCGCAGCUGAGAAGGACGGUCGGCUCCGAGCAGCUGACGAGCUGAUGUGCAUCGAUGGAAUUCCAGUUAAAGGGAAAUCACACAAACAAGUCUUAGACCUCAUGACGACUGCGGCUCGAAAUGGCCACGUGUUAUUAACUGUCAGAAGAAAGAUCUUCUGUGGUGAAAAACAACCUGAGGAUGACAGCUCUCAAGCCUUCCUUGCAGCACAGAAUGGGUCUCCCCGCCUGAACCGAGCGGACAUCCCAGCCAGGCCGGCGGCCCAGGAGGCCUACGAUGUUGUGUUGCAACGAAAAGAAAGCGAAGGAUUUGGCUUUGUCAUCCUCACCUCCAAAAACAAACCACCCCCAGGAGUCAUUCCGCAUAAAAUUGGCCGAGUCAUAGAAGGAAGUCCCGCGGAUCGCUGUGGAAAACUGAAGGUUGGAGAUCAUAUCUCUGCGGUGAACGGGCAGUCCAUUAUCGAACUGUCCCAUGAUAACAUUGUUCAGCUGAUCAAGGACGCUGGUGUCACUGUCACACUAACGGUCAUUGCUGAAGAAGAGCAUCAUGGCCCACCAUCGGGAACAAACUCAGCCAGGCAAAGCCCAGCUCUGCAGCACAGGCCCAUGGGACAGUCGCAGGCCAACCACAUACCUGGGGACAGAAGUGUCCUGGAAGGUGAGGUUGGAAAAGAUGUCUCCACAACUUACAGACAUUCGUGGUCAGACCACAAGCAUCUUGCACAACCUGACACCGCAAUGAUUUCAAUCGUAGGCAGUCGGCACCAUCAGAGCCCCGGCUGUUACCCAGUGGAGCUGGAGAGAGGUCCCCGGGGCUUCGGCUUCAGCCUUCGCGGGGGAAAGGAAUACAACAUGGGACUCUUCAUCCUGCGUCUUGCCGAAGACGGGCCUGCCAUCAAAGACGGCAGAAUUCACGUUGGUGACCAGAUUGUUGAAAUCAAUGGAGAGCCGACACAAGGCAUCACACAUACGCGCGCAAUUGAGCUCAUUCAGGCUGGUGGCAAUAAAGUUCUUCUUCUUUUGAGGCCAGGAACUGGCUUGAUACCUGACCAUGGUUUGGCUCCUUCCGGUCUGUGCUCCUACGUGAAACCUGAGCAACAUUAAGGCUUUCAGGGCUUUUCUUGGUCUUUCCUUAAAAAGACUUGGUGAUUGGGAUAUUACUAAUCCUUCAUCUUCACAUGUGAUUUAUGAUGAACAGUCACCAUUUCCCCCACCUUCACAUUCUGCUUCCAUAUUUGAAGAGUCUCACAUGCCAUUAAUUGAAGAAUCUUUCAUGCGAGUUCAGAUAUGUGAAAAGGCUGAAGAGUUCAAGGACCUCGUGCCUGAAAAGAAAAGCACUUUAAAUGGACAUCAGUCUGAUAUAAAGCAUCAGUCUCUUCUCCAGAAAAAUGUGAGUAAAAGGGAUCCACACAACAGCCAUGGGCACAGUGACAAGAAAAAUCUCUUCAAAGUAGAAAAUGGUGUAACACAAAGAGGUAGGUCUGCCAGCCCCAAGAAGUCAGCCAUUCGCUAUGCAGAGGAACAUUCAGAAAAGAUUCCCGGUCCUCCAAAAAAUGACCCCAAAAGAAGACCCAGAGAUCGAUCACUCAGCCCCAGGAAAGGGGAAAAUAAAAGUUGUCAGAUCAGCCCCAAAGCAGGUUCUGGACAAGAUCCUGGCAGAAGCAGCAGAGGGCGGUCUUCAAGCCCAAAGAAGCAGCAAAAAUCUGAAGGAAGCAAAGACCAUGCAAACGCUGAAGCCAAAUUAUCAGAGUUUGCGAGUCGAAGAGCAGGGGCCCAUGCUGGUGAGAGUACUGAGCAGAUUUCAGAGGGGAAGGAAAGAGCGGGUGUGGGCAGGAAAGACACAAAGCAGAGUGAGUCUGGAAAAACCAGAACAAGGUCGCCAGAGAAAAGAAGCAAGAGGAUGGAUGAGAAGAAGUCUCUUCCAUCCAAAAAGACUAAUAACGCUACUACUAGUAGAGUAGUAUCUGAGAAUGAAAAAGGAAAGAAAGCAACCUUAGGAGAAACAAGUUCUAGUAAAGAUAAGAUAGGAGAACAUGUCAGACCAUCAGAAAAGAAGUUGAAGCAGGAACCUGAGGAAAGAAUGGUUAUGAACAAAACAGAAGACCACAAGGGAAAAGACCUAGAGGCAGGUGACAAAAGCAAAGAGAGUGGAGAGUUCAAACCUGAAGGUGGAUCUCCAGCUAGGAAAACACCAAUAACUCCAGGGCCCUGGAAGGUGCCAAGUGCACAUAAAGCCACAGGCACUAGUGGUGUGGCUGAAAAACGGCUGUGACCUUCAGCAUAAAACAAAGAAAAACAAGUUGUAAUCUUUUUACUAAAGAGCAGCAUUUUCCCAAAAAAAAAAAAAAAUGUCAUUGUUUUCAGAAAUUCUAAAACACACGUAAGUACAUAUUGAUUUGAGCAUCAAGUUACGUAGGAUGCAUGAAGGGCCUGUAGGUUUGCUAAGAACCCACUGUCCCCCUGGCUGGCUGCCUUCCCUCGCUCUCACCUGACAGUGCUCUGCUCGUCGUCAUGAGUGUCUGAACAAAUGACUUGUGAUAUGAACAAUGUGGUCACAACUCACUUUAUAUUUGUGCCAAGUUAUCUACUGUAUCAUGUCUAUUUUAUCCUUGUCACUCAGAUAUUUCCACAGUAAUGAAAAAACUAGGUUUGGCUUGGAAGUUGAUAUUUUCAAUAGCAUGUUGCAUGUUUACAGAGAGAAAUAUUUGAGUCCUUGCAGACGAAGAGAUGAACUCAUCAUUAAAGAUGGCAGUUCCCUCUUCUACCAGCUACUGAUGAUGUCCCAGUUUCAAAAUACAACUCAAACAUCACUACUGUGAUGUCUGAAAUGUAGUUAAAUAUUGACACUGUUUUAUGGCUUGGUGUUCUAAUUUGGCUGGGUGAGGUAUUUCAAAUAACUGUUCAAGAUUUUACUUACAAUUCGCUGUUCAAAAUGAGAAUGUAAGCAAUGAAGAGUUCACUUCCUGCUGUGUUAUCCAGCUCUGACAUAAUUAUAGCAUCUCCGCUCACCCUUUUAUUCCAGUUGUUUCACUGUAAAACCACAAAGAAGCCUGUGGAAAUAGUGCUUUAAAAAACUACCAAAUUUCUGGACAUAUUGGUUGUACCUACUACUAAGUUAUUAGUUGUUAAUAUGUAAUACUUAUUUGAAGAGUCAAAAUAUUAGACAGCUUGUGUGAUGGACUUCAUCAUUCAACUAGUUUCACAGUCCACUGCCAGAUACAGUACCAUGUCAUCUGGUAGCAGCUGUACAAGUUCAGGUGUUUAGACGCAGAACCCUUGUAAGACCCACUAAGGCACGUAAGGACAAACAUGCUGACAGAUAGUACAUGCUAGAUCUUAAUCUCUAGCUACAUUUACUUUCUUGUUUUUGAACAAGAAAGGGAGACUAAACAUCUGCUUAGCUUGUACAGAUUUUCAGAGUUCUUUUUUAAAGUCGCACUAAAGACGUUUAUUAGAAGGUAGAGACAGUUUUUGACUCCAUAAUUUAUAGAUGCAGGUUUUUCAAUCCCAACAUUCAGUAGCAUCUAUAAAUAAAGGAACUUCUCAGAAUAAAACCAUCUUAUGGAGUAUUUGGACACACUUGUUCUGCUGCCCUGGGUCCAUCUUGUUGUUGUGAAAUAUUAGGUCUGAGUCCUUCCCUCUCAGAGUCUGACUGUGAAACUCUUUAACAUAACAACUGAAUCAGCCCCUGUAGAUAAGAUGUGCUUCCCAGAGUGAGAUUUUUGAAAUUCCCUUUUCAUCCAGAACUAUAUUUACCCAUGUAUUGUAACUACUUGAAUAGAGCAAAAUUAGGAGGCUUGAUAAGCGCUAAGAAUUUAGUACCACAGAAAUGAUUUAUUUUCCCUGUAGUCCACAAUUAGUGAUAAAAAUCCUAUUUUUAUUGUUAACUGUGACAUAACUUUGAUGUCAUAUGUUGUCAGUCUGAUGUGGCUCUGUCCUAAGUAACCUGUCAUUGUCCUGAUUAUAUACUGACUUAGCAAUGUGGCCUUGGAAUGCUAAGCAAAAUAUGGAUGUACUGGUUGUAAAUGUUUAUAUAUUGUACAGUACCUUUAUAUAUACACUCGAGGUUCUGAUUAGAGAAAGAGAUCUGUAAAUCGCUCGUUAUUUUUUAUAUAGAUAUUAAAAAAAAAAAACACCUAAAACCAAUUUAUGGCCUGCAUUUCUUCUACUGUCAGGCUUAUUUAAUGUUGCUUUCUAUUUGUGGAGCUAAUUUUCUCAUCAUGGUCUGAGUCCCCAAACAGAUUUUUGUCCCUCCCAGUAACAAACACGGUCCCACAAACAGGAAGACUGUUCAUAAUGACGACUUUACCUAUAUAGCUAGACUUUUAUCUACAUAGGUUAAGUUUGAAAUUGGGUUGAGUUAAAUAUCAUGGUACCUGUUUUGUACCUUUCAUUGUAAAGAAACUAGCUUUCCUUAAGUAAUUUACUACCCCAAAAAAGCCUUUCUUGUCAGGGAGAGAAAAAGGGCUUGUCUUAUUGGAAAUUCAGUUACUAGACAUUUCUAAUGGAUAGAGUAGUGUAAGUCCAGUUACCACAAAAUUCUAUUUCAUCAGAAUACAACGUUUUACAUUAUUUUUAAGUCAUUCUAUUUACUAGAGGUUAUACAUACGUUUAAAGUACUCUGACUUAAUUCUUGGUGUGAAUAAUGCCAAAAACUUAUUUAAUACUCUUGAGGGGAAAAAUAAAUGCCUACCACUGCAUGAACUCACACUAAGGAAAAAACCCAAGCCCCAUGAUGGAGAUGUGUGUCCUACAAAGGCUGUAGAAAGUGGCAGCACAACAGUUUUAUUGUUGUUUCAGUAGACAGAUUUUCUUACUGAUCACAAUUGCAAAAAAAGUGCUGAGAUGCAGUGACAUGGUCUCACUAGGAAGAUUAGACUAAGAUCCUGUAAUAUUGUCUUCUUCUGACCUGGUUACAUCAAAUGUUACUGACCAAGUAGCUUCGGAACAGUCAACUCCUAUUUCAGAAGUCCUGGACACAGAAAAGCAUUUGGCUUUGUAGUUCUACAUGAGUCUAUCUUGGUUCUUUCCUUCUUUAAUAGUAAGAUAUUCUCAUGGAGAAAAAGCCCAAAUGCUUUCAACGUGGACACAUGCAUUUCAUGUUUAAUAGAUUCAACAUGCAAAGAGAACUGGGUUUUAAGAAAGCCAGGAAUAUUCAAAUUAGUUAAAAUGCGUGACAAUCUGACGAAUGACACAGGGAUGUGUUCCAAUGGAAGCUUAGUCUACAUGUGCUCCUGGGGUUACGGAUCACUGGUAUAAACACAGACUUCAGUCACAAAAUGUGAUGCUUCCGUCUGGAAUGAAGAACACAUCAGAGCAAUUUUUUACAUCCUCAUGGCAUGCUCCACUGCCUAAGACUAUCUGCGCUAUUUAAACAAGAACAGAUUUAUUUAUGUAGGUAGCUCUUUACCAGUCAUGCUAUUAAGGGUUAUCAGUAAUACAAUGACUUGUUCAAAGCAUGCCAUAAUUAUUACAUGCUAUCUAUCAUCUUUGCUCUAGUUAACUGAAUAAAUGUAAGAUACCCGCGAACUUGGAUCUGUUUUCAGUGUUGCAAAUAGAACCUUAAGACAUGUAAGAAGGGAGAAUGAAGGCUUAUGAAGACUGGAAUUCGGUGCACUAGAGAACUCUGAAUAUUUUUCACAUAUACAUUAAACUACGAAAACACAGCCAAGUGCUUUAAUGCAGCCUAAUCCUACAUUUUGACAAAGAAUCCUAUGGAUACUUGUCUAUUUUACAAUGUUUCCAUUAAAGUCAAGCAGAACUGUUAGCAAAUAAACAAAUCAGGAGGCUUAUUUUGUCCUUAGUAAACCACCAUCAUUUGUUACCUUGAGUAAUACCUUCGUACAGCUUACAGGCCCAGGACGUGCUGCAGGAAAGGUAUGGAAGUAUUUCACAUUUGUGAAAUUCAAACUUCAUUAGUCAAGAUGGGCACCAAUAACUGCAAAAAGCAAAGGAGUACUUUAAAUGACGAAACUAGUCAAUACGUGUAUAGGUGAGACUAAAUUUAAUGAAUUUCCUUCUUGAUAAUCCAAACUCAUACAUUAUAUUUGAAAGUGACACCCACUUGGCCCAUUAUGAGAAUGUAGAUUUAAAAAACGUUUCAAAAAUGAAUUUCAUUAAUUGGAAAGAUGGUUAUGUUUACAGUGUAUAGACCCACUUAUCUCUAAGUACAAUGAAACAAAAAGAAAAACAUCCGUCAGCUUAUACUUUGUGAGACAUACUAAUAUUGAGAAUUUUUCUACAUGUCUCUGAAAGUCAAGAAAACCAUACCCCAAUUAGGCAAGUAUUUGGUUAUUCAACUUUUCAAAAUGUUUAUAUUA